AUGGAGGAGGGCAUCCCUGUUGCAGGCGAGUACCUCGGGGCAGAGCCCGCGCUACCGUACCUGAGCCCCCACAUCGUCGGCGCCAACUUCGCGUCCGCCGGCAUCGGCAUCCUCAACGACACAGGCGUGCAAUUCGUGAACAUCAUCAGGAUCGCGCAGCAGCUGCAGAACUUCCAGGACUACCAGCGGAGGCUGGCGGCGUACAUCGGCGAGGACGCGGCGAGGGAGCGCGUGAGCCAGUCGCUGGUGCUCAUCACGCUCGGCGGCAACGACUUCGUCAACAACUACUUCCUGGUGCCCUUCUCCGCUAGGUCCCAGCAGUUCGAGAUCCACGACUACGUCCCCUUCAUCAUCUCCGAGUACAAGAAAGUCCUCGCGCAUUCAAGUAUGGUGCACAAGAGUGGUAGGCCUAAAAUUCCCAAAAUUAGACAGGGAAAUGAAAUGCUUGCUGCAUGCCGGCUAGAACAAGAUGAUGCAAUCAGCUGGAGAAGGACAGGAGCUUGCACAGAGUUUUUAGUAGAAGACGGCGUAAAUUGUGGUAUUGGCUGCAAUCUGGAAGUUCCUCAGUUCUAUAACCUUCCAGAUCCAAAUCCUGCUUCAGAAAGUGUAUAUGAAGCAAAGGUCUGCACCUACAUGUUAUCAGAAGUCAGGUCUUAG